UUUAAAUUAUUCGCGGAAUAGUUAUCAAAUUGUAAUUAUUUAUAAAAAAAAAUUCGUAACCUUUAUCGAUUAGUUUAUUUUAAUGCGCAGCAUUUAAGCGCAUAACGGAUCUGAAAUGAAAGAGUCCUGAGUGUUUAUUAUUUUAAUGAAAAAUCAUCAUGUCUAGUUAUACAUCUUCACCGCGUAAUUAUAACGACGAUGAUUACUUUAAUGACGACUUAGAUAGUACAGAUUAUGAAGACGAUAGAGAUCUUGAUGGUAAUUUAUCAGAUGAAGAUACGGAAGAUGCCAGUGAGACUGAAGAUAAACAGGAAACAAAUUUUCAGAGAACAGAAAUAAAAGAACAAAUGUACCAAGAUAAAUUAGCUCAACUGAAGAAGCAAUUGCAGAUGUUGGCAGAGGGUAAAUUACCAGAAUAUACAAAAAGAAUCAAGAAAGUUGAACAGCAGUAUGCAGAAAGAUUAGCACUGAGUGAAAUCUGGAGAGACUUGCAGUUAAAGAUGGUUGAGAGGGAAUUUAUAAAGGAAAAGGAAUAUGUUCAGAAAGAAUUUGAGGAUAAAAAGAUAGAUUUGAAAGAGAAUCUGAUAUCAGAGUUAGAAGAAAAAAAGAGGAGUGUUGAGGGUGAAAAGGCAAUAUUAGAUCUAAAUGGCGAUUUCAUUGAUAUGAAACCUGUUAUGACAAGAAAGUUAAGAAGACGUCCUAAUGAACCAAUUCCACUGCCAGAAAAACGUAGAAAACCUACACCAGCUCAGUUAAAUAUCAUAUUGAGUGAUGAUGAAAUAAUGCAUGAUAUCCAGUAUUUAAAUAAAAUCAGUGGUAAGCCCAUAAAAAAAUCAAUGUUAUCAUCAUCUCCAAUGGAUAAUAUAAAUGAUGUAAGAAUUGAAGAUGGUAAACUCUAUUAUGAUAAAAGAUGGUUUCAAAGAAACCAUCCAGUUUUUGUUGAAUCUAAAGAUGCACCAAAAACCCAUGGUAUUAUCACUGGAAUAGGAACACAAGAAAUUUGGAUAAGGAAGACUUCAGAUAAUUCUAAAUUACGUAUAUAUUUAACCCAGUUACAGAAAGGCAAAUAUGUUCUAAGAAGAAGAGCCACGUAGCUACUUGCGUUUAAUAGUGUUGUGUUAUAUAUGUAUGUGUAAACUGGACUACAGAAUUAACAAUGCUGACUUGAUUUAUCUCCAAUAUUCCACCUUGUGCUAGUGGAUCUGAUGAUGGUUACCAGAGAACCAGUCCAGCAUAUUGUGUGGACUAUGUCACAACCACUCAUGUUCAAAGGGUUAAAAUUGCUUUAAAAAGUGAAAUGGCCAGCGUUUCAUGUAUUUUUAUACACCCACAUAGGUCAACUCUAAAUAAAUUUUAGAUAAUC